AUGACUUUGGCCCUCCCAACGGUCUCAGCCGCGUCGUCGAGCAAUGUCUGCUUCGAUUCACGGCGGUACACUAGUAAAGGUUUCGCACCAUCUGCGAAAGAGCAAGUACCAUCCACGCCCGUCGCCCUGUUUUGCACGCCGUCCUGGACCCCUCAGUUCCGCCUUCCCUCUCCGCGCUUUGCCUUGCAGCGCGCAUCACACCACCCGCGCGCGAGCAGCCAACUUCGCGGCCGCGCGCCUCGCCACCGGAGGGCGUCAUGCGCGCAUGCUUCCGCCUCGCGCGGCGGAGGUGAAAGCGCGGAAGGUGCUCAUAGCGCGGCCAGCAGCCCGUCGCAGGGGAAUGUGACAGUAGUGAAGGAGAGGGAGGGGGAGCAGAGCAGCGGAAGGGGCACAGGAGCGGAAGCGGAGGCGGGAAGCAGAGGGGCAUUUGCGGAGCACUGUGUGGAGGCCAUGGGUCAGCACAUGCCGCUCUCGCCCAUCCCCAUUCGGGCGGACUGGCAGGUGUUGGAGGGCAGUGACGGCGAGGGGGGGAAGGCGUUCUGUCGCAGUGUGGCAGUGAGUGCGCCCAAGAUCCGCCUCAUGCGCUCCGCUGAUAUCAGCGCUGGACGCACAUUACAGGUGCUGAAUCUCAUCGCCUUCCCCCGCCCCGAGUACGACCUGCCAUACUUCUGUGCCGACCUCGUCACCUUCCCCCGGGGCCACCUCAUUGUGCUGGAUCUGAACCCUUUGCAUCAGAGUGAGGAGCACUUUAACAAGUACAUUGCGCCCAUCAUGCCCAUCGCCAACAAGUACAUCGAGCACCUGCCAUGGGGGGGCGAGUUCACAUCAGAGUCGCUGCAGUUCUUCUCCCCGGCACUCAUCUGGGCCAAGCUGCCCCUAGAUGCUGACGUCACCGCGCAUGUGCUGCCCGCUUUCAAGGAGUACCUGCAGGCGUGGUUGCGCAUGGUGGAAGCAUGUGAGCCCACGAGUGACCCAGCGGUGAUGGCUCACAACAUGGAGUCACAGCAUCGCUACAUCUGCUGGCGCUCCGUCAAGGUAUGGGUGUUGCUGCUUGCUUGUUUUAUGCUUGCAUUCGUGCAUCGGGGUUUGCUGUAA